AUGAUGUCUUAUCAAAAAGUAAUAGCAAAAAUCAAUGAAAACACUCAGAAGAGCACUGAGUUCUAUGACUUUGCUGAACCUCUCAAAGUUUUUGAGAAAAAAUUAAAUGUGGACGUCACUCCCCUAUUGGAAGAAAUUGAUUUUUAUGAAGGUGGAAGAAUAAUUGAAUACGAUUACGUACCAGAGUCAUCUGAGUUCCAAGAAGAUUCGGAAGAAGAGAGAGAAAAAACACCUGAAUACGAUUACGAAUCAGAGUCAUCUGAGUUUCAAGAUGAUUCGGAAGAAGAGAGUGGAAGAACAUCUAAAUACGAUUACGUACCAGAGUCAUCUGAGUUCCAAAAAAAUUUGGAAGGAGGGAGAAAAAGAGGGAUCAGAAAAAAGACUCAUCUUGAUGAAUUGUUUAACAACUUCAAACAAGGUCAUAUCUGUUUCGUGGGUCCCGCGGGAUCGGGCAAAUCCACACUCAUGAAAGCAACAUCGAGAGAUUCCAUGCAUGGAAAAUAUUUUCAAGGAACCAUCAAGAUGGUUCAAUAUAUACAAUGCAAACAAUAUAUGAAAAACAGUAAAGUAACAGCAGGUGAACUAAUUUUCAACAAUCUCCCAAAGGAAGAAAGAGGUCUAGCAAUUGAUUAUGCAAAAACCCACCCAGAAGAAGUUUUGUUUAUGCUCGACUCCUUGGACACUCUUCAAUAUACAAUUGAUGGAGUUUAUGAAAUCAUCAGCCCAGAUGAGCCUGCAUAUCCUGAAGUAAUAAUAUGGAAUUUUCUCGCUGGAAAGUUAUUUCCCGGCUGUCGCAUUUUAUCUUCUAGUCGUGAACAUUCCAUCAGAAAUUAUUGGGGAGAAGUUCGACCAGACAAGGUCAUUGCACUUGCUGGAUUAACAAUGGAGUCCAUCAAAGAAAUUAUUUCAGGAUAUGAAGGAAAUGAAGAAGCAGAGAAAAUAAUGGAAUUUCUCAAAAUCAAAGCUCCAUUACACUUGUUACUGUGCACCACACCUGUGAUGCUGGUUUACACAUUGAUAGCUUUGAAAUUCAAAUCUGACUUCAAGCCAAACACUAUGACUGGUAUUAUGACUGUGGUCAUGCAAAGAAUUUUACGAUCACCUCACACUCACCAAGAGAAUAUUUUGGAAGCUUUGGACAAAUUAAAAGAACUAUCAUACAAUGGGACAGUAGAACGUCGAGUUCUAUUCACAGAAGAUGAUUUUCAUCGAGUCAAUUUAAAACCGGAAGAAGCAACCGAUCUAGCCAUCUUAGCUCCUGGAGGAAUUUAUCGUAAACUUUUCCAAGGAAUACACCUUCUUUACUUUCAACAUCAAAGUAUUCAAGAAAUGCUCACAUCUUUCUACAUUCUUGGACUGGAUUUAAAAUCUUUUGACCAGUUCGUAGAUAAACAUCUCCAUACCGGUCACUUUGUUCUCAUCAGAAAAAUGAUGUGUGGACUUUUAUUAAAUCCAACAGUUUAUGAAGAAGCCGGAGAUUUACUUGGAGAAAUCAAGAAUCUUGAGGAAAAGCAAGAUAUUCUCGAGAAAAGUUUGCAAUUGCAACUCGAAGAAGUAUCAGACAAAUCAGAUAUUUUGGAACUUUUCGCUGCAUUGAACGAAGCCAAGGAUGGAAUGAGUGACAUUGUCAAAUCAUCUCUUGGUAAUAUUGACAUGUCUCACUAUCCUCUCUCCAUCAGUGAUGUUCAUGUCAUUGGAUCAGUAGCUUCCUACUGUACAUCACUAUCAAUGAUUUUCCAGGAUUGUGAUCUCAAGUCAGCCUCACUUCAAACUCUGGCAUCUGAAUUGAAAGGAUCAAAUGUGAAGAUCAGGGAGUUGUGGCUGGCUGAAAACACAAACAUGGGAGUUGAAGGUUUAACUUCAGUUGGACAAAUACUUUCCAAUCAAUCCAGUGUUGAAGAUUUGUACCUUAACAACUGUAACCUGUUAUCAGAUCAAUUACAAGCUUUCAAAUUAUCAUUUGGGAAUAACACAGAGAUCAAGAACAUGUGGCUUAAAGCCAACACAAAAAUGGGAGUUGAAGGUUUAUCAUCAGUUGGACAAAUACUUUCCAAUCAAUCCUGUGUUGACAGUUUGGACCUUGAGAGAUGUAACCUGUCAUCAAAUCAACUACAAGCCUUCAAAUUAUCGUUGGGAAAUAACACAGAGAUCAAACAGUUGUCGCUGUAUGGAAACGCAAACAUGGGAGUUGAUGGUUUGUCAUCAGUUGGACAAAUACUUUCCAAUCAAUCCUGUGUUGAAAAGUUGAGCUUUGGUGUAUGUUAUCUGUCACCAGAUCAACUACGAGCCUUCAAAUUAUCGUUGGGAAAUAACACAGAGAUCAAACAGUUGUCGCUGUAUGGAAACGCAAACAUGGGAGUUGAUGGUUUGUCAUCAGUUGGACAAAUACUUUCCAAUCAAUCCUGUGUUAAAAAGUUGAAAUUUGGCCUAUGUUACCUGUCACCAGAUCAACUACGAGCCUUCAAAUUAUCGUUGGGAAAUAACACAGAGAUUGAAGAUUUGGAUCUGAAUGAAGAGCGUAUUGCAAACCAUGACGAUAUUGUUUCAUUUGCAAAUCUGCUUCCUAAUGUUACAGAGAAGUUGUGGUUGUUUGGAUGGAACAUUGCAGAUGAAGAUGAAAAAAUAUUACAGAAUCAAUUGGAUGAAAUUGGAUCUGAGAAACUAGAAAUUUUGUUGCGUGGAAUGACACUCAUAAGUCAAAGAAAACCUGCAGAUAAAGCAACUAAUGUAACUCUCAAACAAAAUCCAACUUUGUCUUCAGAAUCAGAAUUUGGGACCACAUCACGACUCAGCAAUUCAGAGAGUACUGAAGAAAAUGUGGAGAUUUCAAAAGAAGCUAAAAGCCCAAGAAGUGAACUCCUGAUGACUGAAAAAGAAGCAGAACAAUCAGAUAAAGAAGUAACUGAGCAAGCUGCAAAGCUAACCCAGCCUAGCGAAACUUCAUCUAGAACUACUGAUGGGAAGAGGGGAAGAACUUCAGAUGGAGAUUCUGGUCCAAGAAGCCAAAUCCCUACAACUGAAGUUGAAGAAAUUCAACAAGAGGAUGAACUAAGUCUAUAUGGACUACUGAAAAGUGAUAUUCAAGAUGCAAAAGACACAUACGAUCUUGUUGAGGUACUUUACAACCAUCGAGAUGACAAAAAAGAGGUGAUUUGUGAGGCCAUAAAAGAUAUCUCGAUAAAACAUUACAACUUGAAUGAUGUGAAUAUCCAGGUGUUUUGUACAAUCAUCUCAAAAUUGGACAAACUCGAAAUGCUGAAUAUGCAGAAUUGUGGAACAUCUGAAUAUCUCAACCAUUUUUUUAAAAAACUUGAAAUGACAAACUGCGAGAUUGCAAAAAUAAGUAUUUGGGGAAUGAAAAACCUGAAAAUCUACUCUCAAUCCUUGCUGAAGCUUCUGGCUAAAUCGGAAACAGAAUCACUAACGAUUCAGGCAGUUGAGCUUGAAAAUAAAGAUGUGGAUCAGUUACUUGGAGAUAUUAAAAGCUUGAAUUUGGAAUAUUCACUCCAUGUAUUGGCUUUGAGUCACAACAGUGAACUGGGACUGGAGGGCUUUCAAAAGCUCAGCGAAAUUCUUCACAUAUUGCCUGUGAAAUCAAUCAAUUUGUUUGAUUGUGAUUUAACUGACAACAAACUCUCAAAUUUAUUUGGUUCGCUUCAGCACAAACAGAUAUCAACUCUAGAUGUAAGUGGGAACACUAAAAUCACACAUGAAGGAUUCACGAUUAUUGGACAAAUGUGUGAGAAUUCUGAGCUGAUGAAUUUACACGUCAGAUGCUGUGCAGUUAUCAAGAAAAAGCUAGAGAGCUUGCAAAGUUCAUGCACUAGCAAUACAAAAAUAUCAAAACUUGACGUCAGCUACAAUGAAACUCUUGGUUCUGAAGGAAUGGCUGAACUUGGUAACGCAGUGGUCAACUUCGGAGUAAAAAAUCUAAACAUUGCAGGUUGCACAUUGAAUAAAAAGCUCAUGAAGGCAUUCAGAGUAUCAAUUGGAAAAAAGAGAAAUAUGGUUGAAGAAUUGAAUAUGUCGCGCAAUCCUAUGCUUGAGGACGGAAUUACUGAAGUAGCCAGUCUGCUGCAAAGAAGUUGCUUGAAAAAAGUGGAUUUGAGCAAUUGCAUGCUUUCUGUAGAAAAUAUUCGUGAAUUUAGCUCAACAUUGAGAAAAAAGAAUAUACAGGUUGAGACGCUGAAUAUAAGUGAAAAUGAUCCUUCUAUCAUUGUAACAAGGCACCAUGCUGAAGCAGUCUGUGAACUUUUAAAAAAUGUCCUGAAAGAGUUGAUAUUCAAAGUCCAAUACAUGAAACCUGAGGUCAUAAAGAUUUUGCAACAGGGAUUGGAGGAACUUCCAAAUGCACAGAAAACAAUGGUUGUACUUGGGAAUGGCGAUAUUUUGCAACCUCAGAAUAGACAAGAUUAAAAUAAAUAUUUGCAAAUGAGAAAAGACAGUCAGUCAUUCAUCAUGAGUCAUUUAGCACCUGUUUAUCCUUUUAAUUUGAGCAAUCGUGAAAACAUUUUUGUACGCCCUUGUGUUAGUGUAUUUAAAUGCAUCAAGCACACAAAAGUGUUGAAACAUUGAAGAGAAUUAUUAUGAUGUAGUAUUUCAACAUACCAAUUUGUUGAUUAUAAGUUUUUGUGCAGAGAGUGAGUUUAAUUUUUAAUCGUUCUAAUUAGUUCAAAUGUUAAAUAUAUUUGUUCACCAAACUUUUAUCUUAGUGUUUGUAAAUGUAUUUUUACUGUCAGUGUAAGCUCUAAACCAGGGGUGCACAACCUUUUUUCUUCAGACGGCCGCAUUACGUUUUUAUAAAUUGUCCACGGCCGCGAGUGAAGUCGAGGUCUUUUAUUAGUCACAUUUAUUUUUAAAAUUGGCUUUUAUUGAUAUAUCUUAUUGGCGUGCGUCUAAAACAUUUAUGGAAUGCUUAAAUUUAUACAAAUAUACUGAAUAAAAGUGUUUAAGGGUGACAAAAUAUUUUUAUCAAAUCGAAAUCCACAGUCUGAAGAGAAGCCAGAGCACCAGUCGACACUUACUUAAUUACUGUUGUUAUGGCGCAGCGAGAGGGCCAGGCCAAAUCUCCGCUUCUUUUUUAACAUUUUCGGGAGGCCUUAAAAGUUGCUAAUAACGCAUGCUGUUUUCACUAAUGUUAUUCAAGUCGCCGAUUGUUUUGGUCAGCUUGACGCGGUUAUUUAGGCCGUUAACAUAGAUAUUAUGUUGGUAAAUUAUCUCAAAAAACUCGUUAUAAUGCGAUCAUCGGCAUAAAGACGCUAAAUAUAAUUAAAAGGGUGAAUCUGCAAAUAAAAAUUUCCAACUGAAAAUAAGCGAGUGAAUAUUAAGACUCUGAAUUUUUUUUUAUUAUAUUAUGAUGCUAUAUAAGUUAAUAAGUGUGAAGUAUGUUCAAACAAUUUUUUUUUGUACUAAAUUAAAAUGUAAUUUUUGGAAUUUUAUCGUAGACCUUCGGAUAUUUCCAACGACGAUAACGAAUUCGCAAGACCGCAGGUAAAAGAUUCAAAACUAAAUGUAAUUGAAUAAAUUUCCCACGUAUAUCAAUUUCCGCUGAUUGCCCUGCUAUAUUACAGUAAAAAAUAAUGCUUAUAUGUUAAUAAUGCUUAUAGGUGGGUCGAUUAAAUCGGAAGUUAUGUCGUACACAAUUAAAUUUAUAUAGGUAUUUUAAAUGCUCGCAUCGGUCGUUGCGUAAGUAUUUUGCUCAACGUAAAAAAUUCUUAUCCACCGAAAAAUCAACGAGUAGCGUCAUCGCUAUAUCAUGUUUCAGGAGCUGCCGUAUGGAAAGUUUUGAUUCCGAUUCCGGCUGGCUGCGCUUCUGACAUUUUAGUGACAUGAAGCGAUGUUUACAACUGUUACCUUUUAUAAUCUCGAGUUUAGUUUAUUUUGCAUUAAAGACGUAACAGUCAAGCGCCAACAUAGUAUGAUAUUAAACAUAUACCAGCAUGGCCGCACAUUUCACCUUCGAAGGCCGCAUGCGGCCGUACGCCGCAGGUUGUGCACCCCUGCUCUAAACCUUAGGUAGCAGUUUAUAAUAAUCUAUUUUCUUAUCUAAUAUUCAUGCUGUUAUCACUAAUAAUUUUCAUUUACAAAAGUUAAUACAAUUGUGGAAUAUUCUAGUGUUUGUAAAUUUAUUAUUACUGUCAGUGAAAAUUUCUAACCUUAAGUAGUAGUUGCUUAAAAUCUAUUUUCUUAUCAAAUAUUCAGAUGUUACCACUAAUAAUUCUCAUUUUCAAAAGUUGAUUUUAAAAUAUUCUGUUCUUACUGUCACUUGAGCGUAAGUUUGCAAACAUAUAUCAACUGAGUAUCCAUGGUGGCAUAAUAAAUUUAUAUGGUAACAGAAUGC